GUGGGGACAGGGCAGAGCUGCGCUGAGUGGCGCUAAACUAGUCCAGAGCAGUGUUGAGUAGACAGAGCGGUAGACAGAAAAUCAGUGUGAAUGGGAGAGAGAGAGAGUCAGCGCAGAUUGUGUUCACGAAGCAAACUGGAUUAACAGCUGAAACAAACUGGACCUGUUUUUCUCUCUUAAGCAAAAGGUAGAGACUCAGUGACAACGUGGAUGGCUGUUUCGAAAGAGCUGCAUGCUCGUUAGGUACCAGGACAGAAAACUAUGGCAGUCGUAACCAGCUCCUCUCACUCUUCCUCGUAUUUAGUACGGUGAAGAUCUCGUCUUUGUGCUUGAUUUGGUUCACUUUACCUUGGACUUUCUGGUGUGGGAGGCUAUCUUGCAGUGACAUUGACGCGUAACCCCCAACUCUCCUUUGCAGGUUCUGUCUCCACUGGAGUUGGACUCUGAUUUUGGCUUUUGACCCCUGGAGCGGGUUUUUGAUUUGGCAGGGGAGACCUGCUGAGAACCAGUCUGGACUGACCCACCAGCAUUUAUUCAUAAUCGCUGGACAACAGGAACAUUUCUUCUAGCACACCAGAUCUGAGACUGACCGCACUGGAGGCGUGUAUUUAAAGGACCUCUCUGGCCUCUAUUGCCCCAGGACCAUGGGCUCUCUCUGGGGCAGCAUUAUGCUGCUGUGUGGGUUGGUUCUGCUCAGGAUAGAGGGCAGCGGAGCCCAACAGACCAAGAACAACGUCCCCCGGCUAAAACUGUCCUAUAAAGACAUGCUGGAGUCCAACAACCUUGUGACGUUUGAAGGCCUGGCCAACAGUUCAGCUUACCACACCUUCCUGUUGGACGAGGAGAAAGGAAGACUCGUUGUGGGAGCCAAGGACCACAUCUUCUCCUUUAACCUCCUCAAUAUCAGCAGAGACUACGCACAGAUCCCUUGGCUGGCUUCUCCCACCAGAAGAGAUGAAUGCAAGUGGGCAGGAAAAGAUAUCUCGAGGGAGUGCUCAAAUUUCAUUAAGGUGCUGCAGCCGUUCAACCAGACCCAUCUCUAUGUGUGCGGGACAGGAGCCUUCCACCCUGUCUGUUCCUACCUGGAGGUCGGCAAGAAACCAGAGGACAGUGUGUUCAAACUGGAGCCUCUUAUAGAAAAUGGCCGAGGAAAGAGUCCCUAUGAUCCCAAGUUACUCACUGCCUCCAUGCUAAUUGAUGGAGAACUGUAUGCUGGGACAUCAGCUGACUUCAUGGGGCGGGACUUUGCCAUCUUUCGCACUCUCGGAAAGCAUCACCCGAUCAGGACGGAGCAACAUGACUCCCGAUGGCUAAAUGAUCCCAGGUUUGUGGGCGUUCAUCUAAUUCCAGAGAGCGACAACCCAGAAGAUGACAAAAUCUAUCUGCUCUUCAAAGAGAACGCCAUGGACGGAGAGCACGCUGGGAAGGCCACACACGCUCGCAUCGGGCAGCUCUGCAAAAAUGACCUGGGAGGUCACAGGAGUUUGGUAAAUAAGUGGACCACCUUCUUGAAGGCGCGACUUAUUUGCUCCGUGCCUGGCAGUAAUGGAAUAGACACACACUUUGAUGAACUACAGGAUGUUUUUCUCAUGAGCACAAAGGAUCCUAAGAGCCCGAUCAUCUAUGCAGUAUUUACCACUUCCAGCAACAUCUUCAAAGGUUCAGCUGUGUGUAUGUACAGCAUGGCGGACAUCAGGAGAGUGUUCCUCGGUCCUUACGCUCAUAGAGAUGGACCCAACUAUCAGUGGGUGCCCUUCCAGGGACGUGUUCCCUACCCACGGCCUGGCACAUGCCCAAGCAAGACGUUUGGAGGGUUUGAUACAACCAAGGACCUUCCUGAUGAAGUCGUAACCUUUGCCAGAAGCCACCCAGCCAUGUUUAACCCGGUAUACCCCAUUAACAAUCGACCAAUCAUAGUCAAAACAGAUGUGGACUACCAGUUCACCCAGAUAGUGGUGGACAAAGUAGAAGCAGAAGAUGGCCAGUACGACGUCAUGUUCAUAGGCACAGACAUGGGGACGAUACUGAAAGUGGUAUCCAUCCCCAGAGGCUCCUGGCAUGACCUGGAAGAAGUCCUAUUGGAAGAAAUGACUGUCUUCAGAGAGCCAACAGCCAUUAAAGCGAUGGAACUUUCAACAAAACAGCAACAACUGUAUCUGGGCUCAGACAUCGGUGUGUCCCAGAUGCCUUUGCAUCGGUGUGAAGUUUAUGGGAAGGCUUGUGCAGAGUGCUGCCUGGCAAGGGACCCUUACUGUGCAUGGGAUGGCACCGAGUGCUCCAGAUACUUUCCCAUGGCUAAGAGGAGAACAAGGAGGCAAGACAUCAGGAAUGGAGACCCACUCACACAAUGCUCAGAUCUGCAACACCAUGACGAACUAAGUGGGCAGGCGACUCUCCUGGAUAAAACAGUGUACGGUGUGGAGAACAGCAGCACCUUUCUUGAGUGCAGUCCCAAAUCUCAGAGAGCCCUGACAUAUUGGCAGUAUCAGCACUCUACUGAUGACCGCAAACAAGAGAUCAAAUCAGAGGAACGUUUCAUCCGCACAGACCAGGGCCUACUGAUUCGCACGCUCAACAAGAAGGAUUCUGGGAUCUAUCUGUGCCAGGCGGUGGAGCACGGCUUCAUACAGAUGCUUCUGAAGGUGACCUUGGAGGUCAUUGACACCGAACGCCUGGAGGAUCUGCUACAUCGGGAUGAAGCUGCCGCAGCCGUCGUCCCUGCCCGUGAUCUCUCCCCGCCUCAAGAAACACCAACUCAAAAGCUGUGGUACAGGGACUUCCUGUCUUUGGUCAAUCACCCUACUUUGAGCAGUGUGGAUGAGUUCUGUGAGCAGGUAUGGAAAAGGGAGAGAAAGCACAGGAGGCAGAAAGCUCAACUGGUGCAGCAAGUACAAACACACCAGCAGCACCAACAGCAGCAGAAGGUUGUGAACCCUCGCACUCACGUGCAUGCUCAAGGGCUGGCAGCCAAAUGGAAACACCUGCAGGAGAGGCAGAAGGGACGCAACCGCAGGACCCAUGAACUGGAGAGGGCCCCCCGCAGUGUCUGACCUACAACCCUUGACUUUUAACACUCAAACCACAACCUUACUCUGUAACCCUGAUUAACCUACCCACACUUCUCCUUCAUACUGAGAUAGACAUCUUCCACAAAGACUGGAUAGAAACGUUAAACUGGUGAAUGGUAAUACUAUUCUGAUCAGCAGGCUGGUGUGUUCUGUGCGUGGGCGGCCAUGUUUACCGUACGACAAUACAGAGGACUGCAGGAAACGGGAUGUUGUAUCACGCCAGACCAUUUGAGCAUAUUAUCUCAGCUGGCCUCUGUGGCCCGAACACUGAAGAAAAACAGUGUCAAGCAGCACAAGAACUGGAUACACAUACCACCCUACAGACAUGACUGACUCCACAUUGAGAUGUCAAUGGCAUUGUCUCCUGGCAUGCUAGUUAGGUGUUUAUCAGUGUGAAACUAUAGGUACCUAAAAAUACCUGAUCAUUUAUUUUUUACUUCACAAAUAUGAGUAGGUGUGACUGUAGAAGAAAACCGCCGAGAGGGUAAAUGGACUUGUAGUGGAGUUACAAGCACAAAAUAAGUAGAGCUCAUGGAAAGCACAAUUUCGGAUAUUUGGUCAUUUUUUGGUAUUAUAGAUGGUUAAAUGAGUCAACAUGAGAAAGAAAAAUGCCCAAGCACUGCAAGGAACUAUAGCAACGGUCACCAUUUGACAACAAAUACAACUAUGUAGCUAAGAUGUGUAAAUACUGUAUUCUAUGGUGUCUCAUCCGACUAAAGGGAAUGGCUUACAGUUGUCUUGUUGUUUUAUGUUGUUUCGCUAGAUAAACAUUUAUUUAAGAAAAAGUCUGUAAACAGAGAUUUUGUACUAGUGUGUCUACGCCCUAGAUAAGCUUCCCAAACAAAGUCAGGUUUUAUUAUGUUUUAUCAUAUCAGUGCAUGAAAUGUCAUACUGACUUCUGUCAUGUUCAUUUGAUUUGUAUACACUUUGUUUCCACUAUAUGUGUAUUUAUUGAUAUACAAUUAUGUACAUUGUGAGAAUAUUUUUCGAUGUGCAGGCUUCUUUUUCUCCUUGGUUUGAUUAAUCUGAUUUACAGGACCAAUCUCUUAAAAUAACUGUAUUAUUAAAAAUACUGUAGUUGGACUGGAAGAUAUUUAUCAUUAUUGGUCAAUAUUAAAUGCAUUACAUAUCAAAUGUACUGAGCAAUAACCCAGUAUCCAUAAUUUUCUUCCACAUUUAUUGCCUCAUAAUCAUAGUCUUCACAGGCAGCGCAGUGUAACAACUUAAUUUCACUGCAUGUAACAUAACAACUCUAGUUUAUCUGAUUGUAACAAUCCUUUAUUAGACAAUGCACACACACACAAACAUGGAAUGUAGCUGUGAACAUUAUGUAAAUAUAAAUACUAUAGUGUAUGUUUGACAAGUAUGACACUGUGUACUAGUGCAUGUGAAUACUAUUGUAGUGUUCCUGUUUUGCUAUAGCAAUUAUAUACUAGUCUGGUGUUGUCACCGUUAUUCUGUUGUUUGCUUAUUCAGUACACAAUAUUAAGUAUUUCAAAGAUGUACAUACUAUUUCUGUUAGGACUCUUAACUGUAUAACUGAUCAUUCCUGAGGUAGGUAUUCAUAAAAAUAUAUAAAGAUCGAAACAGGAUCUAACUUUCAAUUUAAACAUUCAUAGACCUGUUAACAACAAUGAACAACAAUGUCAGUUGAGCAUUGCAACACAUCAGCAUGUCAGAUGACCUUGUCAAGCAAGUGUUUGCAAACCUCAUCUGCUUUUGGAAGCCAUGACGGUGGAAGAUGAGAAACAGCUGGAGCCCCCCCCCUGAGAAAGCAAUUUAAGGCUAACAAAGACAAGCUCAACUCCAGAGUUGUGGAACUUUCGAUAGAGAUGGGCAUAUGAUAAGAUCAUCAUUAUAAAGAGAAAAUAUAGGGUGCCUCACUGCAUCUGUCCUGGACAUACGGUGAAAGUGAGGGAAUUAAGUGCUGCUGCUGCUGCUGCUGCUUUUUGGCAUGAUGAUGAUGAUGGUGGUGAUGUAUUCUACUGAUCUAAUAAAUGUCUCUUCAUGAAGUGUUGGUUUCAUUAAAUCUAUUUUUAAUGUGA